GAGAGUGUAUCGAGUUGUGAAAUGAUGGCGAGGAAAAAUGGUUCGAAAGCAGAGUCGCGCAGCAGUAUUGUGUUUGACACAAGAACUAAGGCAGUGAUGGCUGCAGAGACUCAGCACGAUGACGUCAAGAGCAAGGUUCAGUCAGUGCGAGAGGUAGUACCAGGCAAGAGCAACAACGAGAUUAUCUUAGUAUUACAGUAUUACGACAACAAUGUAGAGCGAACGAUUCAGGCGUACGUAGAAGAUGGAGCCAAGGAGGCAUUAACACAGUGGCAUUUCUCUGGGAACAAGACAGCAAAUAAAAAGAAGAAAAAGAACAAACCCAAACCGACCAAUCAGCAGCAAACUCAGGGAAAAUCUACCGACCAAUCAGAAAAACCGAGUAAUGAUUCAAAUCAUAUAGAAGAAAAGUCUAUAACAUCGCAACAUUUAGUUAAUGGUAGUCAUGAAGUUCAUAGCAAUGGCGAUGCAACAGAAAUGGCAGCUUCUUCAGCAUCCACAGCCUCCAGCCCUGUGUCGUCAAGCUCAACAGAGCCCCUCCCCCCUCGGCAACCGUUACCACAACGACAGCGCCACCAACACCACCAGUCAGCUCAUGCAGGUACUGGGCAACAAGCUCACAUCACACAUCACCCUCGAGAACGAACAGUCAGUGAGCAGAGUGCAUCCAGUGUAAGCUCUACCUCCCUGAAAAGCAAGAAACCACAUGCAGGUUUAGAAAAAUCAGUCAAGGACUUACAGAGACAGACCAUAUCCAUUGAACGAUUCAAGCGAGUGCUGAAUGAAGAAGUGGAAAGGGGGUGUAAACGAAUAAAGACAGUAUUCGAAGAAAUGAUCCAAGCCUUAAAGGAACGAGAAUCACUUCUCCAAGCAGAAAUGGAUUUGGUUAGAAAGCAAGCCUUGGAGACGUUCGCCGCACGCCAGACCCAGGGGGCAGAUCUCAAAGUGCGAGUUGACCGGGCGCCCUCUCUGAAUGAUGCAGAACUGGCCGAACUCAGAGCUGAAAUUAAGCAUUUUGUAGCUGACAGGAAGCUGGAUGAAGAUCUGGGUAAAACCACAAGGUUUUUGUACGACUCUGAUCACUUACUAGGGGAAAUAAAGAGUUUUGGAGAAGUCGUUCCUGUAAGAUGUGCCUAUACCAAACGCCGUCCGUCCGCAGCAUCAUUGGUUAGCCAGACUAGCGAACCAGCAGCCGACAUGGAUACUAACCCUGCCAUAGCAACCGGAGGAGGAACCUCUUCUACCCUGACGACAACGACAACGACAACACCGUCUUUAUCUACUAAUCCUUCAAGCAGUGGGGCAUCAAAUCACGACAAGGUGAUGGAUGUUCAGGAAGUUGCUGACAUUCAGAGAAGGUUAAAAGAUUCUCUUCGUUUACAGGGCGUCCCUGUGAAAUCACCUCCACCCAGACAAGGGAGACAGCUUACACCCUCAGGUCAGCAAAGAUCAGGGUCAGGAGAUCAUCCAAGGUUAAACUCAGGAGGUCAUCCAAGGUCAGACUCGGGAAGUCAACCAAGGUCAGGUGACCAUGACAGGUCAAAGCCGGGACAAAGGUCAGGAACUCCACAAAGGUCAGAUGGUUCCAGGGCAGCCUCUGGGCCAGGAGGAGACGAGAUGAAGAAGAGUCGAAAUGCCAAGCGGCGGCAGCGACAGCGAGAACGCCAGAGAGAGGUGACCAGUCAGAAGAGCAGCAAUUCUCCCACGCACAACUCCAACCCUAAACCAGCCGGAGCCAAACCAGCACCCUCUAGUGGACCAAAUCAGAACAACGCUCAAAGUGUUAAACGCACCACAACGGGAUCUAGCCCAGCCAACGUGAACGGGGAGCCAAAUGCAUCAGGGGAUGCUUCUCAGGAUUCGGCUGAGCGUGACCAGGUUAAAGGGGCACCAUCGCACAGAAAUAGGCAGCCUACACCCCAUAGCCCGAAAGAAGGCAGUGAUGUUCGUAAGAAAUCCCCGGCAAUUGUAGUGGCCCCAAGAGAGCCUCCUGUGAGUCGGAACAGCGCAACGGUCAGCAUAAACGGAAGUGGCGGUGGAGGAGAGAAGGCUUCUGUGAAAAGGGUCGAGGUCAUUGUCAAUGGUGACGCCCAUAAAAACUGACCCGUUAGUCAGUGCAACGCUGUGUGGAGUGUGUGAAGGAAUUUCAUAGCUCAUGGCGUAACAGGCUGUUUUGAACAAUAAACAAAAAAAAAUGGAAUGUUACAAGUGGUAUUUCAUUAAUGGUAUCUGUACUUUUCAUCUUCAUAAGUUGUAAUACCACAAUGCAUCAGUGUCAAAAACAAACAAAUCAGGCCUAUCCCAUGAUGCAUCAGUCUGAAAAUUCUCCCACUAUGCAUCAACGUUAAGAGCUAUCCCAGGAUGCAUCUGCAUGAACAGCACAUUUUGAGUCAUCUGGGCAGAGGUCUAGUCUUGUGUAUGAGAAAUACUGUGAUGUUUAGUAGAGCCAGAAAAGCAAACAGGAAGAGAGAUCUACAUGUAUGUCAACAUCAGCAUGAAAAUAACUUCUUGUGUGUUUUGGUUUUUUUUUUUUUUUGAUAUUAAAGCCAGUGAUCACAGAUGUAACGCUGGAAAUGUCGAGGUAAAAGUUAAUCGUGUGAACCACGUAACCAUGUGAAGGAGAUUCUGAGGUUGUCGUUUAUCGAAGACUUUACCCAUGAUGCAACUUGCCAGGUCAGGUCAUCAUUAUUUAGACAUUUUGAGAACAUGACAUUAAACUUUUGCGAAUGAGACAGUUGUUAUCUGAAGAUAUGAUCUGAGACCCCGCAGUGUAUAUUUUGAGUAUAUUAUUUUGAGAGACUGUGUACAUGUACUGUAUAUUUUAUCACUUGAUUGACAGUGUUUUUAAUAUGACGUCUUGGCUGUUCUAUAUAGUACUCAGUUGUGAGAUAUACACACCGCCAUGUUGUUGAAGGGUGUGGUAUAAUUCAGUGGUCUGAAUCACUGAGUUAUCUUCCCUUGGACAACAUGCAGAUGGCGCGAUGCCUGUCUUUGUCAUGGGUCAUAACUGUGCAUAGUUUCUCAUUUCAUUAGAUAGCAGGACACAUUUAUCGUUGAAACUCCAGGGUUAGGGAUUGUUUUUAAUUUUGAGUUUAUAUGUAUAGAACAGAAGCCAGGAUAGUUUACCAACCCUUGAAUUAUCUUGUAACAAGCACACUUUUUAUGAGAUGUUCUUGCAGUGUACUGAACCCCCUUUUCUGAAAAUGGUAUGUCCCCCUGCCGAAUAAAACCAUUGGUAAGGAGUAAAAUGUACAUACAUGUACUUACUUUUGUACAUGGUUAUAAGAAGAACAAUUGUCAGAUUAGUGCUCUAUUCUAGGCCAUUGUUAAAAAUAUGUUUGUUGGGUGUAACCUUACCAAAAACCUUCCAAAAAGGGCCAUACUCUUUGGGUAGCAUUUUUUUUUUCUCAUAUUUUCUCUAAAUGUCAGUUUCUUUGUAAUUUGUAUCACUUUUCCUAGCUAGCAUAAAGUAAAACCUUUCCCUGCUCACAUAUAUGUACACUGUACUCUGUUUUGCUGAUAGGGUCAGGUUAUGCCCAUCAAAGAUUUCUGUAAAAAUGAAUCCUAGUUUGUGCCAGGUCAGCUGUAUAUUGAAGCAAAAAGGUAUAUCUUGACUCCACAUGUGGGCCUUAUGAAUAUUCAUGGUGAUUAUUUAAAUACCAAAUUUUCAGGAUAACCUGUCGGUACAGGAUUAUUCCUGUUCAUGAAUAUGCAAAGUUUUGUAAAAAAAAAAAAAAAAAAAA